GCGUCCGCCGAGCGCGUCUCUGACGUCAGCGCCCAUUACCGCUUCUCAUUGGGUCUCAUGUUCCCGGAGCCUGGGCUAAUUAUUGGGAGGUUCAUGUGGAUAAAGUAGAGCUCAUCCUUCCCUCCACAUCAUGUCCCCGGCUCGCCGGCCACACUCGCUGCAUGCUUUUUAAACCAGCGGCCUCCAGACGUCGUCUCCUUUCGCCUGCGGGAUGAUGGACAGCAGGAUUCUGGAUCCGCCUCACGCCCAGUUCGGAGGCUCCCUCGGCGGGAUGGUGGGCUUCCCGUACCACCUCAGCCACCACCACGUUUACGAAUUAGCCGGGCAUCAACUUCAAUCUGCGUCCGCCGUUCCUUUCUCCAUAGACGGAUUACUCAAUGGCUCGUGCGCGGCGUCGGUGGGCAAUUCCAACCCCCUCUUGUCUUCGGGCUGCGGGAUGAACGGGGAGAACCAGCAGUACAAGCUGACAGACUCGGGGGAUCCAGACAAAGAUAGUCCAGGCUGCAAGAGGAGAAGAACUCGCACCAAUUUCACUGGGUGGCAGCUGGAGGAAUUAGAAAAGGCUUUUAAUGAGAGUCACUAUCCGGACGUGUUCAUGAGAGAGGCGCUGGCCCUGCGACUGGACUUGAUAGAGUCAAGAGUUCAGGUUUGGUUUCAGAAUCGCAGAGCCAAAUGGAGGAAAAAGGAGAACACAAAGAAAGGUCCAGGUCGACCUGCUCACAACGCGCACCCCACCACGUGCAGCGGGGAGCCCAUGGACCCGGAGGAGAUCGCCCGGAGAGAGCUGGACAGGCUGGAGAAGAAGAAGCGCAAACAGGAGCGCCGGCUGCUCAAGUCCCAGAACAAGCUCGCUUCUGGGGAUUUAUUUCACACCCCCGGAUCAGACAGUGACAGCGGGGUGUCACAUGUUACCGACAGCGACCACAACACUGGCCCACCCUAUGAUUCUGUGGGGGGACACCCGUCGAACUGCGACCAAUCACCUCACCCUCUGCAGACCCAAAACCACAACCAAAGACACAUCGACCGGGACGCUGGGGGGUCCGAGCUGGACUUGGUCGACCCGGGCCACCGGUCCAUGUGCUCCAGCAACAGCAGAGCGUCCAGCCUGCAGAAACUCAACCCUUUCAGCGUUGAGAGCCUCCUCUCGGACUCCAGACCGAGACGCACCCCCGCGGCCUUACCGUCCUCCCGGCCUUUGAUAGGGAAGGGUCACUUCCUGCUCUACCCCAUCACCCAGCCUCUUGGAUUCAUUGUUCCACAGACUGCACUCAAACCCGCCACGGCGAGCUGCGACGGCGACACGGACAGGAGCCAGGCGGGCGCGCCGGCGGAGAGCCCCGCGCGCUGCCGGAGCGGCUCGCCGGGCUGCGCGGACGCGCCGCAUCAGAGCAAAGCGCACGCGGGGCCCGAGGAGCAGCCGAGCUCUGCGCACGCGAGCCCGACCAGAUGCGCCUUUUCAUCGGGCAAGCACAUCACCUCCGAGUCCGAACACAAACUGCUUAUCGAUCCGGACAAAAAAGAGCUUUUAGUGAACAAGGACCAACCCCCGAUCAGUGACUGUCCCCAAACAAACUCUGAGGAAGACGUGGAAUAAACCACCGAGGGGGUAAAAAAAAAGCAGAAACAUCCCAAAAUAGCCUCUUAAAGACAGGCCAAAGCGUAAUCAUGCAGGUUUCCUGUGUCUCAUGUCCUUCUUUCUCUGCGAGGAGUAGAUAUCCUUUAAUGUGUGUCAAAAAACAAACAAAAAAAUCCUCCAGAGCUGUAAGAAAGGUAUCAUACUAUUUAUAUAUGUAAGGUUUUUCUUAAAUAAAUCUAUUGUAUACAAGCUUCUGAACGCAGGACUGCGGUUCCAAUUCCUUAAGAAAUCUCAUGUUUUGUAUAUUGCCUUAACAAAUUUAUUCAUCUAUAAGCCACCGCUUAAAUGAGGUUAUGAGCCUGAGGCGAAAAGGACCCGCUCGACUCCUGCAGAGUUUUGAUAUGAAAGUAAUUAUUUUCCCGGUGGCUACUGCAGAGGGAUUCAGUUUAUUUUAGCUCAAAGGGGGUUAUAAUACAUUACCGAUUUCUAGUGAUAUGAAAUCACAUAAACUUCCAAGAAUAAUAGAAUUAGCAUGAAAAGGCCUGGGUGUCAAAUUGAAAUAGGAAAAUAAUAGCCCCGGCAGCUGGGAGUGUGUGUGUUUGCGCAUAUUGGAAAGGAGAUUCGUGGGGAGGCAUUUUCAUGAGCUUGUUUUUUUUUUUUUCCCACCCCCUCAUCUUUUUUUUUCCUCCUCCUUUCUUGUAGCAGGGGUAUAUUAAGAUAGAUGUUCGAUGAUAUCCCUCAUUGUUCUGUCGCUUUACAUUGAUGUUUCGGUGUUAUCAGCCUAUUGAUCACGCGUCGGCUGUAAUAGGACGGGCUGAGGCAAACGUGCCUAUUUACAAUAGCAGAACACAUUUGUUCUAAUAGGGUUGCUCGUCCCUGGGGAGGCCAAGCAGGAUCUGGGACAUCUGCUCCCCUCCUGCAAUAUUAGCGGUGCUGACCAUAAUAUCAAGGAAAAAAAAGAAAAAGAGGGGGGAUCGAGAGGGAAAAUAUGAAAGAAAGAGGGGAAGAAAAUCAAUUCCAGCUUUAUAUGUAGAGUCUUGUUAUAAACCGAGCGCCCUUUAGUGAUCUCUUUUUGGGUCUUGAUUUGCAAAUAAAUUGAAAAUAAUCAGAGGGGUGAGCUUUAUGCCGUCUGAGCCGGCGCAAAUGAAUUUCUGAGCCAGUGUCCCCUUUCAAAAUAUUUACAUAAAUUUCAACCCGUGUUUGCUCUAGGAAGCAAUGUCUUAUUAGGUCGAUGGUGGUGGUGGUGGUGGUGGGGAGAGAAGCUGGCAUGCGCACUGAAAGAACAAAAAUAAAUCCAGGCCUGUGCGUAAAGCUGAAGGUUAAAGGUGAUCUCUUAUUGUGCCUUUGGAUCUUCACACGUUCCAAAAGCCUGUUUUUGUGUUUUUUAUUACUUUAAAAACAGGCUUUAUUUACUAAACUGUGAAAUAAUUCAUAAAACCGUUUAUGUGUUUUUUUUUCCUCCAUAGGCUCUGUGGGACGCAUGCCCAGUUCAUCCAUAAUUCAUUAGCGCGCAGAAUAGGAGUAUCGCUGGCUCCACAUUGGUGGCCUAAAGGUGAAAUUAGCGAUUUGCUUAAGUAGUUAAGCUUUUCUUGCCUGAAGAGCUGCAUGUUUCAAGAAAAAAAAAACUAUCAAUCGAUAUGCCCAGGCUGCCUCUAGGAAAUGUGUCGCCCAUGAAUCAUACUUUAUGAAUUCAAUUUAUACCCGGAGAAAUUUUCAAUUUGAACGCCUGAUCAUUAUGGGAGAGUGUAAAUUGUUUUUGCUCUAUUAUGCAUCGGACGCCAUCAUUUUUCUUUCUAAUUACGGAGGUGUCAGGUCGGGCUGUCAUGCAGACGCUGAUUUUCAAUUUAACUGAUCAUCGUGCAUUCAUUUUCCCAUUUGAUAAAUCUGCUAUCUCGACGCGUCCCCAUGCCCGGAAUGCUAAAAGAGAGGCACAGAUUGGCAAAGUAAUAGGGGCCUGUAUGCGGCAAUAAGUGCAGAUCAGGCAGCUAAUUUAGCACCUCCUGGUAUUUCCAUUUCCAUUUCUCAUUUCCAACUCUCAAAGGAGGAAAAGCAGCCCAAAGGCAGGGAGCUGCUGGGCUUCUCAUAUCGAAGAAAGACAGAGAGAAAAAUCUACCGAAACGGCUUGUUUUCAGCCUCACACCUCUAAAUUAGAAUAUCAAGCUUAAUUAAGGCUAAUAGAGUUUUCUCAGUGUGUGUUAGUUUUAUUUAAUAGAAACAAAUUUGCGCAAUUAAUUAUGAGCAGGAUAUUAGGAGUCUCAUUUGCAGCAUUCAGGCUGCAGCCUAAAUGAGCAUCUUCAGGAAUAAGCUUCUCAUUUCCAAAGCAAAUGUUUUCAAUCACAUCGUUUUACUUCUUAUGUGCAAGUUGGAUGGAUUAGAGGAGCGUUGCGCACGUGGGGAGAAUUUUUCCUCUUUGUUUUGCUGCAAAAAAUAAGAAAAAAAAAUCCUUGAAAUCUGCUAAAAAAAAAAAAGACAUUUAUUUUUGCAUUUUUGUGAUUUUUUUUCAUUGUCUUUGUUGGUGCUCAUAUUUUUAAAUAACAGCGACGGGGAGGGAUUUACAAGCUUCGUGCGCAAAAUCAACUUAAAUGGACAAAUGUUGCUCUUCCCACCAAGCCAUGUGUGUGCGUGCUACUCUUUGUGUUUCUAUGAGAUCUUAAAGGCUCCGAGGGCUCAGUUUGGAUAAGAAAGAACCGUGUUAAAAAAAGGAUCCUCCAUGAAAUAAAAUGGCACUUGACAUUUGGCUUCUCCUGCAGCAACUCUGCCAUGCCUUUUAGGAUUAUUUUACAUCUCAUACUCAUUAAUGCGCCGGCGGAUUUAAUCAUUCUUAUCUUUCCUGUGCAUACCUGGGAUAAGCCUGAAAUUACCAUCUGCAUUGAUUUCUGAGCAGCCCUUAAAAUAAUUUUAAUUAUCUCAGAGAAUAAAAAAAAAAAU